AUGCGUUUAAUAAUCCACGAUACGAUGGCUGAUGUAACAGAAUGGACGGCUAAGUAUAUUCUGAAAAGAAUUCAUGAUUUCAAUCCUAACGCGAAUAAAUAUUUCGUUUUGGCAAUGGGCUCAGAUAGCUCACCCGCUGGCGUGUACAAGAAAUUAAUCGAAUAUUACAAGGCAGGAAAAGUAUCCUUCAGAUAUGUCAAGACAUUCAACCUAAUGGAAUACGUGGGUAUAGCAAGUGAUAAUCCAGUAUCCUAUUAUAGUUACACGCAUAAUAAUUUCACCGACCAUGUGGAUAUCGACCCUAAAAAUGUGUUCACGCUGAAUGGCACGGCAUCGGAUUUGGUAGCCGAAUGCGAAGAAUACGAGAAGAAGAUCAAGGAAGCUGGAGGCAUAGAUCUUCACAUGACAGGAGUUGGCCUCGACGGACAUGUUGCCUGGAACGUUCCUGGAUCAUCUCUCCUCUCUCGUACCAGAGUGAAGACGUUGGGUGAAAUGAGCGUGAAAGAAAUUUGUGUCCACUUUGACAACGACACGAGAAAAGUUCCAAGGCAGGUGCUCACGGUUGGAAUCGACAACAUGAUGGAAAUAGGUGAACUACUCUUCAUUUUCAACGGCACUGCGAAAGCAGUUGCGCUACAGAAAGCUGUCGAAGAAGGUAUCAACAGCAUGUGGGAAAUUUCGGCUUUCCAGCAGCAUCCUCGCACUCUGCUAAUUUGCGACAAAGAUUCGACAGUCGAACUUCGGGUCAAAACAGUCAACUAUUACAAGGCUAUCGAGUAUACUCAUAGCAAACUAGCGGAAGAAGCCUCUGCAUUGUCCAAAUGA